AUGAUAGAUAUAAAUGCUCAAUGUCUUCAUGGAAGUCCAUAUCAAAGUUCAUCUCAUUCUGUUUGUUCAAAUACAGAGCUGAGAAACUCUUCUUCUUCUUCUUCCUCUGUUUUUGAUAGACGUUCAUCAGUAAAUCAGAUUAAAAAUGCAUCUAUCAUCAUUCAACAUAGAAAUAGAGAUUUUCAUACUCCUUCAGUGAUUAUUUCUAAUGAUCAGUCACAUAGUCUACUGAAUGCACCGAAACCUUCAUUGAAAAUUAGUCAAGACAAUAUCUUAUUCAUGAAAAAGGAUCAUUUAAUUAAACUAAACUGUGAAUCACAAAUCAAUGCAAAUCUCAAAUUAUUACCAGGAUUAGUUCAAUUUUCAACAAGAAUCAACAGCAGCAGCAAAAUCUAG